AUGUACACAUUUGUCAAAAGAGGUGAGAGUGGAGAUCCCAUCGGUAGUCCAAAUCUUUGCGCUGCUUCCAGGACAUCCUCCUCUCGAUCCAAGAUCUCCAGCAGGGCGCUGACUGCCUUCUUGCCUGAAAUGUGUUCCGGUCGCCUAGGGUUCUUCCCAUUUUCUCCGUGUACUGUUUCCCGUCAAUUAUCACCGUCGCACCUUCCUUAUCUGCCUGAAGAACUAUGCGGUCAUUCAUUUGUAAUUUUCUACGUAUCUUCAUCAAUCUGCUCUUUUUCAUUGGCUCUUGAUGGAACA